AAGAAGAAGAAGAAGAUUUAAACAAGUUUGAAUAUUUAUAUAAAGCACAGAACCUGGAAGAAACCAGAGAAACCAGAGGAAACUGGAUAAUUCAAAAUAAACCAGAGGAAACCGUAGAACCUGGUGCAAACCAGACAACCUGGAGGAAACUGGAGAACCCAGAAUAACCCAGAGAACCUGGAGGAAACCAGAGAACUUGAAGGAAACUGGAGAACCCAGAGGAAACCAGAGAACCUGGAGGAACCUAGAGGAAACCGUAGAACCUGGUGCAAACCAGACAACCUGGAGGAAACUGGAGAACCCAGAAUAAUCCAGAGAACCUGGAGGAAACCGGAGAACCCAGAGGAAACCAGAGAACCUGGAGGAUCCUAGAGGAAACCGUAGAACCUGGUGCAAACCAGACAACCUGGAGGAAACUGGAGAACCCAGAAUAACCCAGAGAACCUGGAGGAAACCAGAGAAACCAGAGGAAACUGGAUAAUCCAAAAUAAACCAGAGGAAACUGGAGAACCCAGAGGAAACCGUAGAACCUGGUGCAAACCAGACAACCUGGAGGAAACUGGAGAACCCAGAAUAACCCAGAGAACCUGGAGGAAACCAGAGAACCCGGAGGAAACCAGAGAACCCAGAGGAAACCGGAGAACUUGGAGAAAACCAGAGAACCCAGAGGAAACUUGAGAAACCUGUAAUGAAAACAGGAAGUUGCAUGAAGAGGUUGCAUGAAGAGGUUUGUGAGGUUUGCAAAGUUGUAAGAAUCUGAAAGGAAGAGGAAGUUACAGUUUCAGUGGUUCAGGCUGUACAUAUCUAAAUCAAAUCACACUCACGCUGCCAUGGAGGAGCUCGAUAUGCUGUUGGAGGAGUUGGCUUCAAACGCCACGAAAAGCGACUCGGAUAAAAAGCUCACCCUGAACAUUUCUUCCGCGCAGCAGGACGUCAUUCUCAUCUCAAACACUGUUGUUCAGACCUCAGGGAUCGGCGUGACGUCGGGACAAAGCGCUGGCAAAAACGUGUACAGUCAGUUGCCUUCUCCGGUCUCGGCCGAGGUGAUGAGUCCAGGAACGGCCACUCGAGAGCUGGACUCCAUCAUGAAUGAGCUGCUGGGGCUGAACCUGGAGGUUUCGGAUAAGCCAGCACUCAGUGAGAAGUCUGAAAAAGACACAAAGCCAGAAGAAAGGAAAGAAGCCACAGGAAACAGUGUGCAGAAUGAUCCAGCAACGGAGAACAUGUCCAAGAACCUGUCCGAGAACAUCGACACCAUUGACAACCUGCUGGGAACGCUGAACUCAGAUAUGGAGAAGAUGGGAGUGCGCACUACGGCCAAGGGACACUGCGCUUCCUGUGGGAAGUGCAUCGCUGGGAAGAUGAUCACGGCUCUGGGGCAGGUGUGGCACCCCGAGCACUUUGUGUGUGUGGUGUGUAAAGAGGAACUCGGCAGUAAAGGGUUCUUCGAGCGGGACGGGAAUCCGUACUGCGAUGCCGACUACCAGAACCUGUACGCACCACGCUGUGCGUACUGCCAGGGCCCGAUUCUACAGAACAUCCUGACGGCGAUGGACCGCACGUGGCACCCAGAACAUUUCUUCUGCAAUCACUGUGGGGAACGAUUCGGACCUGAGGGUUUUAUGGAGCGUGAGGGGAAGCCAUACUGCCCUAAAGAUUUUUACUUCCUGUUUGCUCCGAAGUGUUCGGGAUGCGGCGAGCCGGUCAGGGAGAACUACCUCUCAGCGGCGAACGGCACCUGGCACCCUGACUGCUUCGUCUGUGCUGACUGUCUGAAGCCGUUCACGGACGGCUGUUUCCUGGAGAUGGACGGUCGUCCCCUGUGUUCUCAGCACUACCACUCCAGGAUGGGGACGCUCUGCGCCACGUGUAACGCCCCCAUCACAGGCCGCUGCAUCUCCGCUCUGGGACGCCGUUUUCACCCCGAGCACUUCGUGUGCGCUUUCUGUCUGCGUCAGCUCUCUCAGGGAGUGUUUAAGGAGCAGGCUGGGAAACCUUACUGCAACGCCUGCCACACCAAACUCUUCCUGUAGAACCAGUUAUCCCUGAUCAGCCACGGUCCCGGACAAUUAGAGGAAAAGAAGAAGAAGAAGAAAAAAAAAAUAGAGCACGAUACCGCAGGCUUAUUAAACCGAACAUAUUAUAAUCCACGUAGCCUUAAAAGCCUUUGUUCAUUUCUUAUGAUAAAUAAAUAAUAAAUCAUGAUCGG